ACCCCUGCAGCAAACCCAGAGCCGGCCCCUCGGGCUCUCCCCGAGGGGUGAGAGACAGACCCCCGGCUGUGCCUUCAGCCCUCCAGCCUCCCGGGGAAAGAGCCGCAAAUGGGGGGAGAUGCAAAGUUUGGGGUGGGCGUGAGGUCAGGUAUCCCUUCUCCCUCCCCCGCUUCGCGUUGCUUUGUCUGUCCCGCUGGUGGGAAAGUCCUGUGGAUGCAGCUCUGCCGCUUAACAACCAGGGAGAUGGGGAAAAGCAUCACUCACAGUCCUCUGCUUUCGGUACCCACUCAUCCGGGUCGGGAAGCUGGGUGUUUGGUACACUCCAGCAUCACCUCCUCCCGCACGUGGAAAGACUUAGUGCGCUGGGAAAAGCUGGGGAGCUCCAGGAAAGCGCCGCUAAGCAAGACAGGGAAGGGAAAUGGAGCUGCUUUUCACCUGAGCUCUGUUACAGGCAGUGCCUGAAAACAGCGUUUUCCUUGCAGGUUGAGGAAAGGAAGAGAGAGCAUAUGGAAAAGCUCACGCCAAACUAGGCAGCUGGGCCAGGCCAGGGAGCAGUGCCUGGUGCUGGGCAGGAUAACCCUCUCCACUGCUCAUGCAUGACAACUAUUUCUUCUUCCUUUCCACCUUCCCCAGGGGCAUUUUACCUUUUGCAAUUUCUCAUCUUUCCCUCUGAUCCUCAGCUGCCUCACGCCCACGGCUGGGUCCUGAGUGCUCAUGGGGAUGUGUCAUGUUUGGAACUGAUCAGGCAGGGAUGAGCCUUCUGGGGAGGAUUUCCAGGAAGGACAAGCCUCGUGUUAACCCACCAGGGUUGAUAAUGUGGGGCUUGGGUGGGACAGUGAUGCUAUGAAAGCCCAGACUUUCUCUGGACCUGAAGCUCUGCCGCUGAUCUGGGCAUGAGGAGAGGCUGGAUGGGAAGCAAGAGAACAGGGCAUGGCUGCAAAAGCCUGGGAAAACAUCAGUUACCCCUCCUGAUGGGUUUCUAUGGAACACUGUCAAGUGAAUUUAAAACACAAACUGCAGCCAGGACCAAGGGAGUGAAAAACAGCCUGAAGGAAUUGCCCACGCCUCCCCGUUGGCUCUUAAGGAACAAUGUAAGGUCACCAAGCUGAACACGUGCAGUCAGUAAAUGCCAGCGUUGAGGUAGCCCUGGAAACCUUGAUUCAGGCUGCCUUUGGUGUGGGAUAUGCUGCAGCCCUGCCUGCUCAUUUUCCAUGCCCGGGCAGCACAGAGGAACAGCUUGUACAUGGAGCAGGGGGUCCUUGGGAUGGCUGCUCUGCUCCCAAAGCCGAGGGGAAGGGGCUGAGCCAGGCAAGGAGCAGCUGCAUGAUAAAAAAAGUACUUUUGGGGUGAAGAGAGGGGAAAACAUCACUUUGGAGGAGAUGACAAGAGCCCUACUCCGUGGGCCUGCUUGCAAUACACACACGGAUUCUGUCACUGUUCUCAGAUGCUGAGAAUUUUUGCAAUUCCCAUUUUCCAAGCACAGACCUGGCUCUGACCCAUGGAAACAGCUACAUCUCCCCAGAGCCCCCAAGCUCUGGGCAGUCUGAUACAGUCCUUGCCCUGAGGCUGCCAGCAUCACAGUCUGGAAGCUCAAGCCCAGGGAAGAUGAGCACAGAGGACUCUAGCAAUGGGACCUCUCCCACCCCGCCUCUCCUUGGGCUUCUGGUUUCAACCACGGAGCUGGUCCCACCCAGCAUCCCAUCCCCUGAGAUGAGAGACCCACUGUCUGUCAUCGUCGCACUCGUCUGCAUCUUCCUCCUCCUGGUGACCUUCCUCAUCUUUGUCACCCUCUGCAAGCCAGCAGCGCUGGACCAGUCCCUGUCUGGACCCCGGGAGUGGAUGCCCCACCACCCAUUGGAUGCCAGUGAGCCCCAGCUGAGGCUCUGGAAGCGCCUGGGCUCCCUGCGGGGCUCCAUCAGCAGCUUCAGGAGAAGCAAGCCAAUGUCUCAGAGCCAGCUCUCCUGCCCCAGGAGCUCCCCUGCCAGACAGGACUGGGACAUCAUGGAGUCCACCAAAAUGUGAUCUCGCUCUGCUGUUCUUUCCCAAGCUUUUGGUUCAGGCUCAGUUCCUUCCUCAAGCAUCCCUUGGUAUCCUGGGCACCCUGUCAGAGCCCCUUUGAGCAACUCAUUUCCAGGCAGUGGCUCUGUGAGGCAACAGGAGAUUUUGCAAUUUCAGGUUUCCAAAUGCUUUCCAGGUUACUGUUUCCUGUCAGGAAAGGUGGAGGCAUCCAAACUACACCCACAUGCAUCUAUAACCAAGCAGCCAAAAAAAAAAUCCUGCUGCUUCAUUUCUUUUGGAAAACAUUGUGCAAAUUGUGCUGCACCUGAACAAACAGCUUGGAAGAGAGUGGAGCAACCUGGCUGCCUAAAGAGGGGCAUCCCAGGGCAAACCUGCUCCACAAAAAAGCAGUCCUCAGCUGAGAUCUCCCCACUGAGCUGUGCUCCUGAGCAGGUGGAGGGAGGCUCGUGUCCCCAGUGUGCUGCCUGGUCCCUGCCUCCCCCCUUCUCAUGCACCUCACUGGGCUGCCUGGGACAUUCCUGCUCUCUGGCCCUGCACUGCCUGGCUUUGGGAGAAAGGGAUGGGGAAACAUUCAGAAACUGUCCUGUUGCCACAGGGACGUGGGGAUGUAUUUGAAGGGAGAGACCUUCUGUAACAAAUGGUUCACACUGAAGGUGUAAAUUAAAGCCAGGUGAUGACCCA